AUGGCCAUGCGCUUCAUGAACGGGCUGAGCAGCAUCAUGAACGCUCUGGGCUCCCCCUCGGCGCUUAAGAUCAUCGUGGAGACCCUGGGCUUUCAGCAUUUGGACCUGGACGUCACGGUGCCACGGGUGGCGAUCUUCCGGGAUGCCAUCGUUGACCUUUUCGACAUGGAGCUCGGGCCCAGGUUCAACUCGAAAGCACGGGCUGGGCUUUCCGCCAUCAUGAACUAUGUUGGGGGUGCCUUUAUCUACAUCCGCAGGGAGUACGCAGGGCGAAUACGCAUCAUCAACUCCAGCUGGAGAACCGCCAACAACAAGGCGGAUGAUGAAGGCUUCAAGGAGGAAGAAGUCAAGGCGGAAGGUCAGGAAGAGGGCCAACAACAUAGCCAGCCGGAAGCACGUCAGACAGGGGAGGACAUCCACAAGGCCAAAUCCGUGGAGAAGCCCCGUGAGACGAGUGGAAAGAUCUCAACGCAGGUCCAGGUGCCACGGACUUUUAGCGAGAUGUUUCUGUUCAACGCGGCGGUCAUGGGUUUCGGCAACAGCAUGUGGAUGCAUUUGGUGCUGGAGCAGUUUGACAAUAUGGUGACAAACGUUGCCAACUCCUACAGACUACAGGAAGAGUGCGAUGUGCUCUCUUUGGUGCUGGCGCAGUACGAGGGGGAGAUCAUCUUGGUGGAAUUCAAGGCUGUGAUGUUGGCCUCGCUGCGCUCUUUGGUGCCCAAGGACUGGGAUUCUGCGCACGAGGUGGCCUGGAAUUGGUUCUGGGAGAACGUGGAGAGGAUGUUGAGGUCCCAGAUGGGAAAGCCCGCAGCGCAACAGAAGGCGUUGGAGCACAUGAUCAUGUGCCUCACAGAGGACAACCUGAUCUACUUGCGCAGGGAGAUCUACAAAAGGUUCUUCACCCUGGCGCCGGCGGGGCAGGACCACUUCAAGCAGUCCACCACCCGGCUCUACUGGAUCGCUGACAAAGUCAUGGAAAUGACCACUGAGAUGUACCGAGUCCCAAAGAAGCUGGUUGAGGACAUCUCGGCGCUGGGCUUGCGGCAUGUUGGCUAUGGCAUCCCCACGGAGUUCUUCGCGCCCUUUGUGUCUGCGGCAGUGGAUGCAGUGAAAUCCAUUGAUCCGGAGGAACUUGCUCAAGAAGCCUUCCGGUGGUCGCUGACUCUGGUCUCCAAGAUUUUGGUCCGAACGAUCUUGGAGGGCUCGACCAUUGUGAUGAAGGCCAUCAACACCAACGAUGCAAAGCAGCUGAAGAAAGCCAUCUCGGUGUCGCCUCGUGGUAAGCGUGCCUCGGAGCUGCUCAACAUCACGGUGGGCACUCAGUCCAUCUCGCCGCUGUAUUGGGCCAUCGAGAGCGGAAGCCUCAACACGGCCAAGGCCAUGCUUGAGGACCUCCUGGUGAUCAGAGCAGAUCGAGACAACUAUUACUACGGCUGCGAUCAGCUUUUCCUCCGGCACCCAGAGAUCAUCCACAAGCUGAACAGCGAUGCCCCGAACCUGCUGCCCACGCUGCUGGACGGUCUUAUCUGGCGCUCCCGGCUCAUCUACAACGGCCAGCGCCGCGUGAAUUACUACGUGAAGCACUUGGUCCAGGAUUCCGAGGGGUACUUCAACUCAGCCUUGGGGUGGAUUGUGGAAGGUCAGGACCCGAAGAUCAUUUGCCACGACGUGGUGGUGCUCUUCUCCGACAUGCUCUGGUCGGGCCUGGCGGGCCACUCCUUCCUGCUGGGCAGGUGUUACUUCCUCUUCUCCCUGGCGGUGUUCAUCACCGGCCAGUCUGUGCUGCCACAGUUGCACCAGGACCCGGCCAGCCAGUCGGAUGCGGAGCGCAUCGGCAUUUUUGCCUGCCGGAUUUUCAUCUACGUCUUCAGCAUGGGCCAGCUUUUGAUAAGCCAGGUGCGAUGUUUGAUCGGAGACUGCCGGGAGGGCAACAUUGUGCGGCUGUUCGGGUGCCUUCCCUUCCCGCAGUACCUCACCAGCAUGAUGCAAGUGGGGAAUCUGGCACUGAUGCUGUGCCUGUUGAUUCUUUGCACUCAGGACCCCAUCUUCCACUGCAUGGGCAAGGGGGAGGGGCCACUCUUCACCCAGCACUGUGGGCAAGAGCAGAGCGAGGUCUACGCGACAGUGUCCAUGGCGGCCAUGCUGCUGUACUGGGCGCUGCUGCUGGACCUCACUAUCUUCUCCAUGCAAAUUUCGGCCUUCACCUUGGUUUGCGGGCGAGUGCUCAGCGAACUGGGGCUCUUCGUGGGCUCAUUGAUCUUCCUGAUCAUCACCUUCUCCAGCUCAAUCAGUGCGCUGAACCACACCUGCAGCGACUUCACCAACAUUCCGGUGGGUGCCCUCUCGCUGAUGGAGAUCUCUUUGGGGAUGUUCCCCUCUGAGCACUUUGACGAGAUCCAGCAGGAAGUCGCGGUGCUUCUGACUGUGAGUCUUUUCAUUAUUGUGGUGAUUAUCUUCCUCCUCAACCUCUUGGUGGCCCAGUUGAACGGCGCCUAUGGGGCUGUGUACGAUGACAUGGUGGGCUAUGCGCGCCUCACCCGAGGAAGCAUCAUCGUUACGGCGCUAGAGGGUAUCUCCACGAAGCGCUGGCACAAGUACCUGGAGACCCUCCGCUUUGAGGAGCGUCUGGAGUUCAACGAGGGGGACGUGGGCCUGGCGGGCGGGAUCCAGGUGACCGAACCCGCCAAUGAGCACCCGACCACCGUGGAGAACAUCCGGCGCUUUGGGGGGUCCACAUCGCCGGCGAUGCCGUGGCCGGCAGAUGACCACGAAAAGCACGGCGACGAGGCGGAGGACAAGCUGGACCGCUUGGAGAAGAUCAUCCUCAGGGCGACCAAGAAGAUGAGCGGCAAGAAGCGGGGCACCAACCAGGGCUCCUCCAUGGCCUCGGGAGUGUCGCAGCAGUCCGGGGGCAGUUCCCAGGCGUCUUCGAGACUGCGGCGGCAUCGCGUGGCCCUGGCCGCUGUGACCCCCGCGCUGCUGGCCCUGGCUCGGAAGUCGUCCUCCGGCGGCGCAGCCCAGGCGGACUUCCUGAAAGUCCUCCGGCGGAAGCGUGCCAGCCUAGAGGAGGCAGAGGCGGCAGCCUCGGGCCUGCGGGUUGCAGGCCAUCUCAGUGGUGUCCGAGGCUACUCUUCAGCCAUCGUCGCCUCAAGCAAAGGGCGCAAGUGGCAGCUGGCCCUCCAGCUCUUCGACGAGAUGUUGGAGUGCGGCCUGCGUCCGACGGCCUCCGCCUUUGCGGCCUGCGAGGCGGCAUGUGACGAAGGCGGCCAGCCGGCUUUGGCCGCGCGUGUCCGGGAGUCCGCCGGUGCGGACGGGCUGCGGCCGAAGGUGGCACCGGGCAAAGUGGCGCUGCAGGAGGCGAGCAGUGGGGUUUUGUACUCCAAGGGCGCGUUGUGCACGCGCUUCCGGCAGAAGGACGCAGCCCCCGAGAGGCUGACGGAGGCUGCCGAGCUGCUUCGCUCGGGGGGCCACUUCGAGGAGACUCUGAGCUAUACCACCGCCCUGCGAAACUGUGAACAUGGGCAUCAUUGGGAGUGGGCGCUGAGCCUGCUGGAUGAGAUGCCGGCACGGAAGGUUGAGCAGGACGUGGUCACGUACAACGUGGCCAUCGCCGCCUGCGGGCGCGCGCAGCAGUGGGAGCGAUCCCUCUUGUUGCUGGAAGGCAUGCCGAGAGUGAGCAUCGACCCAGACUUCGAGACCUACCAAGCCGCAUCCCUGGCGUGCAGCCGCAACAACGAGUGGGAGAAGGCGCUGAGCUUUUUGGCCAUCGCCCAGUCGUUGAAGGUUGCCAAUGCGGAGUCCUGGCACAUCGGCAUGAUGGCCUGUGCCAGCGCCGGCGCCUGGGAGGCAACGCUGGAGAUGUUGGACUGCGCGGGAAGCGACGGCUCCCCGAAAGACGUGUCGCGGGACCUGAUGUGCUACGGCGUGGCCCUGUAUGCGUGCAUGGAGGCGGGGCGGUGGCCUUUGUGCCUGUCCUUGCUGGAGCGCAUGCGUCGAGAGGAGGUGGAAGCGGAUCAGGUGGCCCUGGCCUGCGCGACGCAAGCCUGCCGCGACGGCAGGAAUGCGGAUGCUGCGGACGACAUCGUGAGCGAGAUGAGGCUGAAGAAGAUGAAUUUCAACAUCGCGGAGGUGCUGAAUGAGGCCACGGUGGCUGUGGACUUCCCAGAGGUGCGGAGCCCUGUGCCGAUCGGGGCGCUGAGGCCGAUGGCACAGAAGGAGGUGAGCCUCUACAAGUGGAUCAGGCAGCGAGCGACCCCUGGGGACGUGUCUUCGGUGAUCCAGGUCAUCGAGGAAUUUGCGGAGGAGCGAAGCUGGUUGAAGAUCCAGGGGGAGCAGAAGAAAGAGCUCCUCGAGGCGAGCCUUCGGCCGGAAGACCGCAUCGUGGAGUUUGGGUGCUACGUCGGGUACUCCUCGAUGGUCAUGGCCAAGAAGCUGCGGGAGCUGGGAGGCCACGGCAGCGUCACCACCUGCGAGGUGGACGCAGCCAACGCCUACGUGGCACGCGGUGUGCUGCAGUUUGCCGGCGUGGAGGGAGAGGUGCAGGUCCGGGUGGGGUGUGCGUGCGACUGGGUGGCCACCGGCCAGCUGGGCACCAUCGACUUCCUGCUGCUGGACCACAGAGGAACAAUCUACCACGAGGAUUUGCAUGCUGCAGAGCCCAGCCUGUCGGAGGAUGCCGUGGUCUUCGCGGACAACGUGCUUUACCCCGGCGCGCCGCUGUUCCUGCAUUACAUCGACGUCCAGGGCUAUGAGAUCGAGAUCCAUGAGCUCAAGGAGUUCAAGCGCCCGGACCUGGAUGACUGGGUGGUGAAAUGCCGGCCGCCUCCUGCCGCAGAGCGCAAAGAAAUGCCGGAAUCCACCCCUGCGGAGUUCCGCCGACUUUCGGCAGAGGUGGAUGCCAUCUCCUGGCGGAGUCAAGAGCAGAAAGUGGACUGGGUCGCCUUCCAGGAGCGGCUGAAGCCUGUCUUCUACGCCUGGAAGGAGGAGAAAGGCCUUUAG